AUGACCGUGGAAUAUAAUAAGUCUCAUUCUGUCCUAUCGACUAAGGAAAUUGUAGAAACUUUUGCUAAAAUGUACAAAGAUGGAAGACUGCUCGACGUUAUUGUGAUUGAAGAUGGAAGUCACAUACGUAUUAUAGAUAAGAUAAUUUCGCCGCCUUCGCUUUCUGAAAGGUUGAGAGCAGUGAGGUUCGCUGUUGUUAAAGAUGGAUAUCAUUCGUACGCCGUACUGUCCUUGCCAAAACAGUUAACCAAAGAAGCUAUCGACACUUCGCAAUGGAGAGUAGAUAGGACAGUGCUUGACCAGAAUUUGUAUUAUUCUAUGAUGAUCGAGGCUUUAUCUCUCAGUGAUCUCGUCACAUUCACUCACGAUUGCAACGCUCGUAUUCUCUCAGUUGGUCUUGGGGGUGGCACUAUCAAUGGGUUUCUGCAUCAAGGCUUUCCUAAGAUAAAUAUAACUGUGGUGGAAAUUAGCCGUCAAAUGGUGAAUAUGGCUAGGAAAUGGUUUGGUUUCGUUGAAGAUGACUAUCAUCGCGUCGUUGUAAGCGAUGGCGUUAAAUUCAUAGCUGAAGCAGUCAAGAAAGGAAAUGUCUUCGAUGCAAUCUUACUUGAUGCAUGCACAUCAGAUCCAGUGGAAGCAAUCAUUUGUCCUUAUGAGGCUUUCCUGAAUGAAGACGUUUUGAAAAGCAUUUCUUAUAUGCUUCCCAAACAAGGAAUAUUUGUUGUGAAUGCUCUUUCGAAGGAUAUGGAAGUCGACGAUGUUUAUCAAAUCCUAACUAUAAAAUUCAAAGCGUUUUUUGCUUAUUGCAAUCGCUUGCAGAGUCCCUUUACCUUCAAUCAGGUGAUCUAUUGUUCACAUCAACCUCGUGCACGAGAGCCUCCUGUCAACCUGCAACAACUUCUUAACAAAACUCUCACACAGUUUAAUACUGUAACUAUUCGGUACUAAGCAAGCAACUCACAUUUUACUUUUUGCACUCUGCAAAUUCUACAAUAUUUCGCAGCUUCUUGUGGUUCGAUAAACUUCAAAUUUCCUUGUCUGAUAGUAUGUUUACUUCGAACUCUGUAAAGAAUGUAGCCUAGGUGGGAGAAGAUUCUUUGCUAAAUAGACUCGUGUUCCACUUUCAUGGAUAAGCAAUCCUUACAGCAGACGGUUUGAUCAUUACUUAGGCGCCUAUGUGCGCACGAAUCGCAAGUGGGUAGAGGACUAUAUGUCACCGAAAGUGGGAGGGUCCUAUGCGGACAAUGCAG